AUGCAGUACGUUCGAAGCAUCAGCGGCUCUGUCUCCAAGACAUGGAACUCGAUCAAUCCUGCGACACUAAGCGGGGCUAUCGAUGUGAUCGUCAUCGAGCAACAAGAUGGCACUCUUGCUUGCUCGCCCUUCCAUGUCCGAUUCGGCAAGUUCUCGCUCUUGCGCCCGUACGAGAAGAAGGUCGAAUUUCACGUCAAUGGGAUAAAACAAGACUAUGCGAUGAAGCUUGGGGAGGGAGGUGAAGCCUUUUUCGUUUUUGAAACGACCGACGACAUCCCUGCAUCCUUACAGACCUCCCCGUUGGUUUCUCCAGCAAGCAGUCCGAAGGUUCCCGAUGGAGAUGAUAUUGCAUCAUCGCUUCAGGAACCGGAGUAUUUGGACCUCGACAAAUCUAAUGGUGAUGCUCUGUCGGAGGGCGCGAAAACCCCACCGGCAAUGCCGGUAUCGCGGCAGACCCGGGCAACUACCGAUUUAGGCGCGAUGACUCCUCUGUCCCGAUCUCCCGCAGAAUCAGACCUGAGUCCCUCCCACCUUUCCAAGCCGUCCCUCGACCACUCGAUGUCUGAGAAUAUUCUUUCAACCAGCAUUCCUCUAUCCGACGAUGGAAAGCGAUCUUCCGUCGGUGGCCCAGCAUCAGCGCACGAAGAUGACCCGGAACGGAUGAGACGGUCCCGAAGCCCCCCACAUGUGUCCCCCCAAGAAGCCAUGUCCCGGGCCGUGUCCCUGUCCAAGAAGCUGUCUGGGUCGAACAUUCCGUCACAUGUCACCGACACCGGAGAUCUUAUGUUGGAUAUGACCGGAUAUAAAAGCAAUGACGAAGAUCUGAUUCGUGCUGAGGUUCUGGCUCGCAAGAUCCUGGCAGAAGAGUUAGAAGGAAGCUAUGAUAUCGGUGCCUUGAUCGGAGCUGAUGAGCAUGGCAACUUGUGGAUUUACAGCAGCGAGGAGGCCAAGGAAGCUGCUGAUCGCAGAGCGACCAUCAACUCUAUGCGCCCCAAUACGGCACUGAGCGAGGAUGCCAUUUCAGAUCCUGGGUAUCAUAGUGAAGGUGACCAUCCGACUCUGGAGCCCUCGAUUGGUGUGCGGCACCAUCGUACCAAAUCGGACGUUCAACCAGGUUUUCCCACCCCACCUCAGUCACCCAUACAGGAUUCCUUUGCUGUUGAGACCCGCAACUAUGCAAAGACACUACGAUUGACCAGUGAUCAACUCAAAGCCCUGCAGCUAAAGCCAGGCCCAAAUACCAUGGCUUUCAGUGUCAACAAGGCAAUAUGCACUGCCAACAUGUACCUGUGGAAUGGAAACACCCCUAUAGUGAUUUCUGACAUUGAUGGAACGAUCACAAAGUCUGAUGCCCUGGGCCAUGUAUUAAACAUGAUUGGUCGUGACUGGACCCAUGCCGGGGUUGCCAAGUUGUACACUGAUAUUGUCAACAACGGAUACAAUAUUAUGUACCUCACAAGUCGAUCUGUUGGUCAAUCGGAUACCACUCGAGCAUACCUCUACGGCGUCUGCCAAGACGGAUAUCGCCUACCAAAGGGCCCCGUGAUCUGUAGCCCCGAUCGGACGAUGGCUGCACUGAGGCGAGAGAUCUAUCUUCGGAAGCCCGAGGUAUUCAAAAUGGCAUGUCUCCGAGAUAUUCUCGGAUUAUUCUUUGGGAAAGAAAACCCGUUUUAUGCAGGCUUUGGAAAUCGAUUGACCGACGCGCUGAGCUAUCGAUCUGUCAACAUCCCCUCAACGCGAAUUUUCACUAUCAACUCGAAUGCUGAGGUAUCUCUCGACUUGCUCAGUCUCAAUAAAUACAAAAGCAGCUAUGUAACUAUGCAGGAGUUGCUGGAUCACUUUUUUCCGCCUGUCAGUCUCUUGGUUCAAUCUGGGGGCGAAGAGUAUACAGAUUUCACAUACUGGCGAGAUACGCCGCAAGACUUGGAUGAUUUUUCAGCUACUGAUAGCGAAGAUGAAGAUGAGGAUGAGCCCGAGGAAGACGAGAUCCUCGAUGAAGACGAAGAUGCUGAUGAGGAAGACUACGAUGACGAGCUGAGUGAUGGCGAAGGUAGCGAAUAUCUUGACGACAACAUCCCGGAUGAAGAAGCGGAGGAAGGCACCGAUAUGGGUGCAAGUUACAUAUCACAGGCCUCCGUUGCCAUGUCCGACCCUGCUGGGUCAAUUGUGGAGUCUAUUGAGGGUGAUCAAAACCUCGAGGCUGUCCAAGGUUCUCACGAAGAGGACGAAGACUCGUUACCCGAGCUGGUGAAGCCGCUGCACUCGAUGUCCCUCCCCUUGCGCCCGAAACCGGCGCGUGAAGCAUGA